UGUCAAAGAAAGUUCUGUGUAAUUUUGAUUAAUUUCUGUUAGUAUCGGUGAAUUUUUAUUGUUUUUAAGCAAUUAUAAUUCUUUAAUCAAAUUAUUAGCGAAUAUAUACGCGCAUAUUCUAUCACCGAGCAAUCAAUAAGAAUUAUGGUCGCCUCCGUUAUCUUUGUCGCAUGUUAAAUCGUGAUUGAGCAUUUGUUUGCUGAAUGUUUUACAAAGUCUUCUAAACAAUGCUUCGUUAAGAACAGCUGGGUUUCGGAAAGAGUGAAAGCAGAUUGUAUCUCCACGUGGAAGAAAAUAAAAAGAAAGAGUAUAUAGGAAUACGAUACGUUCCUUCGUUCGUGUUCCUAACCUGCGAAGAUAAAAAACAGUGCCAAGCACGUUUUCGUCUCCGCGAAUAUAUACCCGGUGGUACUGACAGAAAAGAAAACACGUUUGACGGUCGAGCCUUGACCGAUAAUUUAUUCUUGUCCUGGGCGACAAAGUGGGCAGAGCAACUGGCAUGCUGGGAAAGACGAAAACAAUGUCAACGAGGUUACGAUAUAUCCUUGUGUUUAUCGAACGUUACGUACUUUGGAAACAAAAUAAAGUGAAAUAGUGUUUACCAUUGUUAGCACAAGUUAGUAUAUUUACACGCACUAACUUAUAUUGUACAUAUAGACUUCGUUUUUUGCUUCGUUAAUAUCAUCUCUAUUUUUGUAUAAUAAACUGUAAAUUGUUAGUAUACAUAUUGUUAAUGUAAGUACGUUCGUUCCGCCGUCUUCAAGAUUUCAGUUGGAUACAUUUAUGUUUGCGUACGAAUUAGCCACAGAAUGCGUCUGGUUAACACAGAAAAAUUAACUGAUAUUCAGAGCAAUCCUGCUAAUAUUAGAAAUAUUUGUAUAUUGGCGCACGUCGAUCAUGGCAAGACCACCUUGGCUGAUUCGCUGGUUGCCAGCAACGGAAUCAUUUCUAACAAACUUGCUGGCAAACUCCGGUAUUUGGAUAGUCGUCCGGAUGAGCAGAUGCGAGGAAUUACAAUGAAGUCGAGUUCUAUCGCUCUUUACCAUAAAUAUAAUUGUCAGGAGUUUGCUAUUAACAUAAUAGAUUCUCCAGGCCACGUAGACUUUGCCUCUGAAGUUUCGACGGCCGUUAGAUUAUGCGACGGGGCGAUUAUCGUCGUCGACGCGGUGGAAGGCGUAUGCCCGCAAACACGCAGUGCUCUGUCCAUUUCCUACGUAGAAAGUCUGAAACCAAUUUUAGUAUUAAACAAAAUUGAUAGAUUAAUUACGGAAAUGAAAUUAUCGCCGUUAGAUGCUUACGUGCAUUUAACGCAGGUUCUGGAACAAGUCAAUGCUGUAAUGGGCGAACUGUUUGCUAGCGACGUAAUGGAGCGAGAAGAAAAAGAGGAAUUAAAAAAGGAAAGCGUGGAAUAUGUUACGGAAGAGAAUCUAGCAGAUUGGCAGACCAUACACGAAGACUGGGACGAUUCUGGUUUAUAUUUCUCUCCGGAGCAAGGUAACGUUUUGUUUUCCAGUGCCACGGAUGGCUGGGGAUUCGGCGUGAAAGACUUUGCCAAAAUGUUUUCCGCGAAAUUAGGCUUCAGCGAGAAAGUUUUAUCGAAAACGCUUUGGGGCGAUUUUUAUGCAAACACAAAAACGAAAAGGAUAAUGAAAGGAGCCCAAGAGAAAGCUAAAAAACCAUUAUUCGUUCAGCUUAUAUUGGACAACCUUUGGACGUUAUACGAUACGGUGAUCGUACGAAAGGAUAAAGAAAAGAUAGCUACGAUGGUAGAAAGGUUGGAUAUUAAAUUAACAACAAGAGAUUUGAGACACACAGACCCUAAGAUUCAACUGCAAGCUAUUUGUUCCCAGUGGUUGCCUUUGUCCCGUGUUUGUCUCGAUACGAUAUGCGAGAAAGUUCCAUCGCCCGAUAAUUUAUCCCCCGAAAAGGUAGAACGUUUGUUAUGCGGGAACUUUGAUUUCUCUUCAUUGCCCGUCGAAACGCAACGGUUAAAGGAAGCGUUCUUAGCUUGCGAUUCUUCUCCAGAUUCACCCGUUGUUGUAUUCGUUUCAAAAAUGUUUCCGGUGGAAGAGAAAACGCUACCAGAAAAUAAACCGAAGCAGCUGACCGCGGAAGAGCUGGCGCAACGAAAAGAAGUAGCGCGCAUGAGACACGCCGAGAAACUGACGAAGGAACUGCGACCGGAAGAAAGAUCAGAACGCGACGAAAGCGUGGAAAGAUCGGACAACGAGGUGAAAUCAUCCGAGAACACGGUUAACGAGGCGAACGACGGAAAUUCAGAGAUCAGUUUAGUAGCGUUCGCUAGAAUUUAUUCCGGGAUUUUAAGAAAAGGGAGCACUGUGUUCGUUCUGGGUCCAAAACACGAUCCCCGCGUGGCAUUGGAGGAUGAGAAGUCGGGCAAGUCACCGGUGGACGAGAAUACCACGCUCAAAGACUUGAAACCAGGCAGACACGUGACCAAAGUUACGCUGCAAAGACUGUACCGUCUGAUGGGCAGAGAACUAGAAUGCACGGACAGAGUGUCGGCGGGUAACGUGUUCGGAAUCGGCGAUUUAGAGGAGCACGUGUUAAAAACAGCGACUCUAUCCACCACGAUCGCUUGCCCGUCCUUUUCGGAACUAACGUCGCUGGGUGUGCCUAUAAUGCGAGUAGCUCUUGAGCCGAAACAUCCGAACGAUCUGCAGGCGUUGAUCAACGGUCUAAAAUUGCUUAAUCAGGCGGACGCUUGCGCCAUCGUUUGUAUCCAAGAGAGCGGCGAGAUCGUGCUGAGCACCGCCGGAGAAGUGCACCUGGAAAGAUGCUUGGAAGAUUUGAGACUGAGGUACGCAAAGGUCGAGAUAAACGUGUCGGAGCCCAUCGUAUCGUUCAGAGAGACGGUCGUCCUUCCCCCGAAGGUAGACAUGGUGAACGAAGCGAUCGAAAAGAAAACCGAGGAAGCGUGUUUCGCCACUUGGACCAUGAAUCGACAGUGUCAUUUCGAGAUCGACGUUAGACCCUUGCCGGACAAGGUCACGAAAAUUUUAGAGAGUAACUCGGAUUUGAUAAAGGCAUUGUAUCAUCAUUAUGGUAAAUUAACGUCGGAAAUGGAGAGAACAGCGGAAGAGGAGGAGGAUGAAACGGAUGGGUUGCGUUCGAUGUACGAAAGGAAACUGAAAGCAUCGGAGUCGUUCAAGUUAGAGCUGGCGGCUGCUUUUCAAGAGGCUGGCCAACGGGAGGACAUAUUAGAUCGAAUAUGGUCGUUCGGUCCACGGAAUUGCGGACCCAAUAUUCUACUGAACGAAACCGAUUAUAAACAGAACAAGUUUUGGGAAGCACGCUCCAAGUCUACCGAUCCACGUUUUCCAUACGAAAGCGGUAUGGUCAAUGGCUUUCAAUUGGCAACGCUUGCCGGACCGUUGUGCGAAGAGCCCAUGACGGGUGUCUGUUUUGUCCUGAAGAAGUGGCAAGUGCAUCACGAUCCCCAUAGUGAAAAUAGCGGUCAACUUCAAGGUCACGCGGGUGGUCGUUUAAUAUCAGCGUGCAAGGAAGCUUGUCGACGUGCAUUUAACGCCAGACGUCCUCGACUAGUCACGCCGAUGUACAGUUGCAGCGUUUUAGUAAAUUCGGACGUGCUCGGAAAACUGUAUGCGGUAUUUGGAAAAAGGCAAGGCCGUGUGAUUGCUGCGGAAAGUGCUGGAUUCGGUGGACAGUUUCGCGUGUUGGCAACGUUACCUGUACCGGAGAGUUUUAAACUUGCCAGAGAGUUGCGAACUCAAACGUCCGGACUCGCCAGCCCUCAACUGGUUUUCAGUCAUUGGGAGGUGAUCGAGCAAGAUCCUUACUGGACACCUUCCACGGACGAGGAAUACCUUCACUUCGGUGACAAAGCAGACAGCGAAAACAGAGCCAAGAAGUAUAUGGAUGCGGUUCGUCGACGCAAAGGUUUACCCGUGGAUUCUCAGCUCGUUAUGCAUGCAGAAAAACAACGCACUCUCUCGAAAAACAAGUAAUUCGAACAUGGUCAUUAUCGAGUCAUCGAUGCCACCGUCAUCGCUAUAUCAGAAAAACACUCGCUAACGCUCGACAAGUAUCCAAUGUAACCGAUAUGUACCCAUAUGAAAACUAAACGUUAAAGUAAUCAAAAUUAUCAAGAAAAAUACAAUUAUAAACAAUCGAUAUAUACUUGUCUUUGUUAGCAUUAGGAGAAACGUACGAGAUCCGAGAUUAUAUCGUACGUGGCACAUUCCUAUUAGUUUUAAAACAAAUUCACGUUUUCGACUAAAAGAUUACGCCGCGUGAGUAAGUAUUGCUUGCCUUAUCGAUUCGAAACUUUCGAGUUUUGAAAAUGUAUUCCCAACGUGAUUUAUGUCAUCUUUCAAUUAUAUGACAAACGAAUACAAACUUGUACAUUUACACGAAUACAGUCUGUCCCGAAAUUCCUUGUUCUCAAAUAAUUCGUCCAAAAUUUCGAUGUUAUACGUACGGCUGCAUCUGUUCCCGUUUGAUAUUUAUAAACAAUCGUGAAAUAGCAUUGUACCUUGUGCCGAAUAUAGCGACACUAGUUCACAAUUAAAAGGGGCAAUUAAUAUUUUCCGACACCACGUACAAUUUUCAAAAGUUCAUAGUCGAAUGCUGCAGUUCCUGUUAUUCAAAUUUAAGUGAAAAUAAACAAAUAUUCCUGCCUU